UUCCCGUGAUAAGCAGACGAUUAGCCACCCCUGAUGCGAAGAAGAAGCAUCGCGGCCAACAGCUGUUUGCAUUGCCUAUCGCCUAUCGUUAGUCGAGGGUGUCGCAGCAGGCAGCUUUUGUGGCAGAGUGCCAAAUUGAAAUCAGCUGCCAGCUGAGAAGUGAUAAAUUAAAUAACAAUAACAAACGCCGAGCAAUCACAUAAACCCAUGGCUUUUCGCGGUUCCCACCGCUUGGAAGUGAUCUUCAAACGCUGCAUUGCCUCCCCGGUGUUACACAGUCAAGCAGGCAAUCGGAAGAGCAGUCAACUAGCGAUCAAAGGAGUCGAUCCAAACAGCAAUGGUAACAGUGGGCAAUAUCAGCAAAAUGGUGAACAAAAAGAAAAAGGCUGGAGACGAUUGGUUCGAUUCUUUGUGCCCUUCUCCCUGGGCGCUGCGGUCAGUGCGGCGAUCAUCCAGCGGGAGGACUUAACGCCAACGAUAGCCGCUUCCAAGAUGACCGGUCGUCGACGGGACUUCAACUUUAUAGCUGAUGUGGUGGCAGGUUGUGCGGAUUCGGUGGUCUACAUUGAGAUCAAGGACACACGCCACUUUGACUACUUCAGCGGCCAACCGAUUACGGCAUCGAAUGGUUCCGGCUUCAUCAUUGAGCAGAACGGUCUCAUCCUUACCAACGCCCAUGUGGUGAUCAACAAACCACACACAAUGGUUCAGGUGAGGCUAUCCGACGGCAGGACUUUUCCCGCCACCAUCGAGGACGUGGAUCAGACAUCCGAUCUGGCGACUUUGCGCAUACAGGUGAACAAUCUUUCGGUGAUGCGGCUUGGCAAGAGCAGUACCCUGCGAUCCGGCGAGUGGGUUGUGGCCUUGGGCAGUCCGCUGGCCCUAAGCAAUACGGUGACCGCAGGAGUAAUCAGUUCCACCCAGCGGGCAUCUCAAGAACUUGGCCUUCGAAACAGGGACAUCAACUACCUGCAAACGGAUGCUGCGAUUACGUUUGGCAACUCCGGCGGUCCCUUGGUCAAUCUGGAUGGCGAGGCUAUUGGAGUUAACUCGAUGAAGGUGACGGCUGGCAUUAGCUUCGCAAUACCCAUUGACUAUGUAAAGGUGUUUCUGGAGCGGGCGGCCGAGAAACGAAAGAAGGGCUCGGCCUACAAGACCGGCUAUCCGGUCAAGCGGUACAUGGGCAUCACCAUGCUGACGCUCACACCGGAUAUUCUGUUCGAGCUCAAGUCACGAAGCCAAAACAUGCCCAACAACUUAACGCACGGCGUGCUCGUGUGGAAGGUUAUCGUUGGGUCACCGGCGCACAGUGGUGGACUCCAACCCGGAGACAUAGUGACCCACAUAAACAAGAAGGAGAUCAAGAACUCAUCGGAUGUCUACGAUGCCUUGGCUGAUAAUAGUAAAACCCUAGAUAUAGUGAUCCUGCGAGGUGUGAAGCAGAUGCACGUGACCAUUACGCCAGAAGAUCCCUAGUUAAACCUGUAUGCAGCACCUGUACCGAAUUGUAUAUAUUUAUAUAUGUAAACGAAACCUACCGAUCCUGGGAAGAAAUCGCUGACAAACCCACCCCCACACGCUCCUAUUCCUAAUCGAGUGCCUGCCUAUAUUUGUCUCUGGCUAACGAGUAGCGAAAUUUGCAUAGAUCGCUGGCUCGUUAUCAGUGGCCAUUAUUAACAGCGGCACGACCAUAAGUUAAUCUACGCAUCGGACGGCACGAAAAUGUAUCUCCGACUGGGUCGAUUGGGUCGUCUGUCCGUUUCCGAACAUCAUCGAUUUCUCUUUCAUGGAGCGCUGUGCGUGUCCCCUACCAUCCGUCUGUCCGUCCAUCCGAUUGUCCUGUUCCAACAACGACAAAAAUGUAUUUACGCUAAUUGAAAUAUCUUGCGUUGCGAUCAAUCGAUGCCAUAUUUUUUAUAGGCCAAACCUCGGCAGUGCAGAAAA